AUGGCAUGGUACUGUUCCGGUUCCACCAACACCGAGCUGAUUGAGAACCUAUUCAAGGCCGAUUUAGUUCAGAAUGAGCGUGUGAAAGAAGCCAUGAUGGGAGUUGACCGAGCUCACUAUGCUCCAUCUCGGCCAUACUCGGACUCGCCCCAACCCAUUGGACAUGGAGCUACCAUCUCAGCACCCCACAUGCAUGGUCAUGCAUGCGAGUAUCUCAUUGAUUAUCUUAAGCCUGGCGCUCGAGUGCUGGACAUUGGAUCUGGCUCAGGAUAUUUGACCCAUGUUUUUGCCAACCUGGUGACCGACUCAUCCGGCAAUGGAGCCCAGGGACAGGUCAUUGGAAUCGAUCACAUCCCUGAGCUGACAGACCUAGCCCGCGACAAUAUGAACAAGUCCGACGAAGGCCGCAAGCUGCAGGCCUCCAGCAAGGUCGAGUUUUUCACCGCCGACGGACGUCUCGGGUGGAAAGAUGGUGCACCAUACGACGCAAUCCACGUCGGAGCCGCGGCUGAGAAGCUUCAUCCGACCCUAGUGGACCAGCUACGUGCCCCCGGGCGACUGUUCAUUCCCGUGGAGUCAGAGCAUGAUGGAAGCAUCCGGGAAAGUCUGACCCGCGGCCAAUAUAUCUGGGUGGUAGAUAAACAGGAGGACGGAUCCGUUCACAAACAAAAGGUUUUUCAAGUCAGCUACGUGCCCUUGACGAAUGCUCCAGCACGGUGA